AUGUUAAAGUUUCAGCUUUUUCUUUUCCUUCUCUUCGGAAUUCUGUUCUUCUCAGGGCAAUUUUGCGAUGGCAAGGUGAUGAUGGAGUACAUUGGAGCCACUGGCGUUCCUGUUAGAUUUGAUCCUGUUCCAAUUGAAGAUGGAAUUGAUUUCCACUUCAUUCUUAGUUUUGCUGUUGAUGCUAAUCCCUCUGGCAAUGCCCAGAAUGGCAAAUUCUCACCAUAUUGGGCAGACACAUUAACCCCAGAAUCUGUUGCAGCAAUCAAGAAGCAGCACCCCAAUGUGAAAGUCAUGGCCAGCCUUUCCGGAUGGAGCUUAGGAGAUAAAGUCCUCCGUUGGUACAACCCUGUCGACAUCCAGCUAUGGAUAUCUAAUGCCUUUUCAUCAUUGAAAUCAAUAGCUGAAGAAUAUCAUCUUGAUGGUGUUGACAUCGACUAUGAAAACUUCCCGAAACGUAAUUCAACUUUUGCUUAUUGCAUAGGUGAACUCAUCACCUUCCUGAAGAACCAAAGUGUCAUUUCUAUAGCCACCAUUGCUCCGUUUCACACUACAACUACACCCUACAUUGAGCUGUUUGAGAAUUAUGGAGAUGUAAUUGACUUUGUCAACUAUCAGUUCUAUACUGAUAAGGUUAGGAAACCAAAAGGGUACUUGGAAGCUUUCGAGCUUCGAGCUGAACAAUUCGAUAAGGAUAAGUUGUUGCCCAGCUAUGAAGUCAAUGGGAGGGGAAUUCAAGGUGAUGCAUUUUUUGAUGCCUUGAGUCUUUUGGAGGAAAAUGAGUUUACUGUUAAUGGAGUUAUGAUCUUCUCAGCCGAUGCUUCUUCCUCCAAUGACUACUACUAUGAGAGGAAAUCACAAGAUUUCUUGUUAAAUUCUACUAGCGUAUGA